AUGAGUGAAUCCAUGUUUAUGGCUGCUGUGUUAAACCCUCCCAAAACCCCCUUCAAAAUCAACCUCACACCCGCUCUUCCGCCUCCCCCAACCUCUUCCGCACUCACUUUCAAACCAAACAACAACUUCCCCACACUCUCCGCCGCCGCACAACCACAACAACAAGAACACGCCGCUCUGCUCGACACUCUUCGCAACAGCACACACAAGAACCAAGUGCUCCAAUCCAUCAGAACCACCUCCCUCUUCAACUGCCUCUCCGAAACAAAUCUUCACCAUACGGUUCUCGCCCUCACCUCCAAACCAGGGGAAAGUGAUUGCCAGAGUGCAUUUGAUAGAAUCCUUGCUUCAAUUCCCUUCAAGGGACAGGUUCUUAACCAGACAAGCUUGUGGUGGUUUGAGAGAACCCAGCAUAUAACUGCUAAUGCCGUUGCGUCCACUCCUGAUCCUAAUGUUACCAUAGCAAAGAAAUGUUCUGUUAUCCCUGUUGAGUUUAUUGGUCCUGAUUCACCUUCAUCUCAAGCUCUGAUAAACGCUGCAAAAGAAUGGAACUCACCGGCAAGAUAUCCUACGGAAAUGAAGGGGAAAAGAGGAAAGCCAAGAGCAGACCAUAUUGGAUACAAUUAG